UCGGUCCCUCGCCUGCCGCCGCUUAGAGCCUGCGGACAUUUUGUCUGAAAAAGGCAGAGCGUAAAUGCCACACCGGCUCGGGGGUGUUAGAAUGCAGGCGGCACCCGCUGGAGACCCGGACAGCGGCCGCAGAGGGGAGAUCCCGGCGCCUGAGGCGUCGGAGGCGCCGUUGGGCGACGGCGGGAGCGGAGGUGCCCGCACGGAGCGUGAGGGCAGCGCUGGGAGCACAGCUGAUAAAACUCAAGAGAAAGAAGUCAACUGUGUGUCCAGAGCAGAUCAAGAGAAUGAACAAAAAUCAGAUAUUGAUCAGAAGUCUGGAACCCGCUCAUCCAGCCAAAGUAUAGAAGAAAAGAGAGGCUCUGUAAGAAUGACAAAAAAGAUUCUGUUAGACAUCUGUAAACAGCAGAAAUUAUACUGGACCCCGUACUUAAAUGAUACACUGUACUUGCAUUAUAAAGGAUUUGAUCGACUGGAGAAUCUUGAAGAAUAUACAGGACUGAAGUGUUUGUGGCUGCAGUGCAAUGGCUUAAGAAAAAUUGAGAACUUGGAGGCUCAGACAGAGUUGCGUUGCCUCUACCUGCAACUCAAUUUAAUUGAGAAAAUUGAAAACCUUGAACCCUUACAAAAGCUGGAUUCCCUCAAUAUCAGUAACAACUACAUUAGAACCAUUGAGAAUCUCUCUUGUCUGAAAGUCCUGCAGACUCUGCAGAUCGCUCACAAUAAGUUACAGACAGUGGAAGACAUCCAGCACUUGCAGGAAUGCCCAAGUAUUUCUGUUCUUGAUCUUUCCCACAACAAUCUAAGUGAUCCAAGUAUUGUAGCUAUUCUGGAGACCAUGCCCAAUCUGCAUGUGCUGAAUUUGAUGGGAAAUGAGGUGAUAAGGAAAAUUGCUAACUAUAGAAAAACACUCACUGUUCGACUAAAACAGCUGACAUACCUGGAUGACAGACCAGUGUUCCCAAAGGAUAGAGCCUGUGCAGAAGCCUGGGCUGUUGGAGGGCUUGAAGCUGAGAAAGCAGAAAGGGAAAAAUGGGAAACCAGAGAGAGAAAAAAAAUCCAAGAUAGCAUUGAUGCUUUAGCAGCAAUUAGGCAAAGAGCACAGGAAAAGAGGAGACAAAAGAGCAUGGAAGGAGUUGCAACAGAUACCCAAGAAGAUCUACCAGGACAGGAGGCAACUACUGACCAGGCUGAGCUUCCUGAGAGGGAGGAGGAAUAUGCUGAAAUUGAACAGUUCAAACUGGAGACUCUGGCAGCACUUUAUCUUGAUGAACUGCCUGAUUUGGAAGAUGUAGUUGUAAGUGAGUUUCCCCCAGAAGAUGAAAUCUUUGUUCAAAAGCAGGACUAUCACCCAAAGAUUGAAAUAAUUUCUGAAGUGACAAAUGACAGCAAUUCUGCAUUAGAAGAAAACAAUGAAAGCAUGCUUGAGAAUUCAGUAGAAGAAGUUCCAACAGCAAUUUUUUCAAAUGUAUAUCAGAACCAUAAAGAGCAUGAAAAGGAGCACUUAAGACCCCUUCUCAAAAGCUUAUUUACAGAGCCUGAUAAUUCAGGAGGAUACCUGGAGAUCAAAGGUGAAGAGGUAGCCUCUCUGAAACCCUUGAUACAAGAGGUAAUCACUGAGCCCAAGGAUCCUCUGCUGUUGUCACCAGUCUGUCAUCAAGCAGAUGGCCCAAGCUCGUGGGAAGAGGAUGGUAAGAUUACAGUGACAUUAUCAGGGAAUGGCAGUGAUAGAAAAGCACAGGGCCUGGCUGAGGGGGAAGAAUGUCCUCAUAAAGCACAAGGUGACAAGGAUGAUGAGAGUGGAUUGGAUUAA